CAGGCUGGACCAGCUUAGAGAUGCCAGUCGCUCCCGGCAGCCCCGGCUGCUGGGGCAAAUCCUGGUACCAGCAGGGGCUGCCGGGGCCCCCCGAGGCCUGCACUGCUCCCCAGAUGGCCUGCUCUUCUUGACGGCUGGUGCUGCAUCCUGUGUCCAUGUGCUGGAUCUUGAGGGACGAUCUAUUUGUCAACUACCCUGCCGCGUGAAUAGAACUGGAGCCUUUGUUCCAGAGGAUGUGGCCGUGACUGCUUCCGGGCUUGUGGUUGUCAGUGACCUCAUCCAUGGGGCCGUGUAUGCGCUCCGGUACACUUCCCGGGAACCCCAGGGCCGCUGGGUGACUGUAGGCACAUUCUUGUCCCCCCGAGGGUUGACUGUGGAUGCCUUUGGCCACUUCCUGGUGACAGACUAUUUGCCUGGAACUGUGCACAGCUUCAUGUUGGGACCAACUUGGGAGGCCCUGGCUCCAACCUCCAUGCUAGGUCUAGAGGGCCCCUGUUGGGUAGGUCCAGGGCCUGAUGGGGGCCUUGCUGUGAGUGAAGAAUUUGGGGAUGUGCAGCUGUUUGGCAGUGCCCACCAGCCUCUGGGCUCCCUGGGAACCCUGACUGGGCAUAGCUUUGGCCAGCCAGCAGGUGUGUGCUCUGACUCGGAGGGUAGCAUUAUUGUGGCUGAUGAGCAGAAGCACCAGGUAACCCUGUUUCCCCGGGUUGGGCCACCCAUCUGCUUGAAGUUGGAGGGACUAGAGAGGCCCUUGGGUGUAGCCUGUGCUCCCCAGGGCCAACUGGUGGUGGCAGAUGCAGGGGACAACUGCAUCAAGGUGUACCAGUAUCUUGGAGAGAUGGCCUCAGGGAAAUAGCCCCUUGCUAUGACUGGCCAGCCCUGAGUUCUUUACACCAUCAUGGGAGAUUGAUGGGCUCCUGGGGGGCUGCUGAGCCUGCUUUGACACCUGGCCUUAGCAGGACUUCUGAUUUCCUCUUGGCACGUGCUCCCGUCUAUGAAGCAGCCAUGAAUCACCAUCUCCCCAGAAGGCACUAAACGGAGCCAGCUCCAUGUCCCUGUUCAGUAUGCCCCUGGUCUUUCAUGCCCCAAAACCCAAGGGUCACCCAGUCUCUAGAUCUGCUAGCUUGGGUCUCAGGAGGCCUGAGCUUUGAGGUGACACUUGAAGCUACAGAUCCUGGGUGCUGAGGCCAUCAGCCAGUGCAUAGCCAGGCAAGAUCUCCUGCCAGGUGCCCCAACCCCUAUAUCCUAAUCAGAGGCAGGCAGGCAGGCAGGGAGGGUGUGGCUAGGUUGGGCUGGGCAGCUUGGGGCGAGGGUGUGGUCUCUUAGUGCCCCCCACACCCUCAGAGACAUCCCCAUUCUUGAGCCUCCAGUGA